UCUGCAUUCGGCUGCUGCCUCUGGUCAGAGACAGUUGGAGCGACAACGCUGGCUGGAGAUACAGCAUCGUAAAUAAAAACCAGAUUCAGCUGCAAAAAGGCUGCAGACUGAUAUUAGAGCAGAGAAAGGAAGGCAGAUCAACUGGACGAGACAAGGAAAAAGCUAUGCGGCCGCGGUCCAGACUGCUGUCCAAGAGAAGACUCCUGCUGCCCACAAUCAGAGAGGGCACCGAGGAGACGGUGAGGGAUUUAAAUGAGGCCAACACACUCCACAUCGCUGGCCAUGGCCAGGUCGUCUCCUCAGAAGACUACCUCCGCUCCAUCUGCCACCUGGCCAGCCCCACCUUCCCCGCCAGGCACAUCUCCCCUGACAACAUCCGCACUCUGCAGCUGGACGCCGUGCACCAGAGGCUGAGGCUGUCAAGGCUCAGUGGGACAACAUCUACCACCUUUGUAUUCAACCCUACAGACGAAGCACACGCCACCGACAUGCAGCCGGGAAAGGAGAUAAAACUGAAUGGCGAGCUGAUGUUUGGCAACUCCGACCCUCUGGAGUAUCUUUAUGGACACCAGAACAACCUGUCAGGAGGUGUGAGGGGGGCAUUUGUUGAAGGAAGGUUUAUAAGGCAACAUGGGAGUGUAUGGGAGGGCCAGGCUCGCUCCAGAGCUCACAGCAUCCCCCGUGCUUCAAGUCCAGACAUCCUACGCCAGCGCAAGAGCAGCUGCCCUGAGUUACACCCCAGCACUAACACAUCUACUCCAAACACCUCCCCAAAGCACAGCUUCUCUAGGUUGGAGACCAGUAGAGGGAGCCCAGCAGACAGAGUGGGAGAGGGGGAGCGACAGAGUCCAACCAUCAAACAAUCCCUCAUCUCCCAGUGGCUCUCUGACUGCAGGUCAGCGUGGAGGGAGGCGCGUGUGCGAGCUUGCAUGCUGCCCGCCAUCGCUGAGAUAUAGGGUGCAAAUGUACAGACAUUGUGACCCAAGACAUUCCUCAACAAAGUUUCCAACCUUUUACUGUCAGUGCAUGAGACACUGCAUUAUGUAGAUGUGUACUAUGCGGAUAUAUUAAGGGAUAUGAUCAAACACACAUUUGAAAACAUACAGAUUUGCCAUGAUUGUCCAUCUGUAGUGUUAUAUCAAUGUAAUAAAUUACUAUUACAACACUUGAUGUAUUCUGGUGAUCACACACAAACAUAAAUUGACAAAUCUGCAAAACAAAAUACAUUUUUUUACCUUCCUGUGUUUUGUGAACUACGUAUGAAUCAAUAAAACAUUGUUUUUAUACUCUCAACUAUCAAAUGUCUAAUAUUUGAUCACAACAUCUGUGCUAUGAUCUCUGUUUCCUUGCAUGUGUGAAUCCUUCCUAA